AUGUAAAAAAACACUGCCUAGCAGAAAAGCUAGGAGCAAUUUACACUACCUAGAAUAAGAGGAGCCUAACCAUUCGGAGCUGCUGACUCUUAUUAAUAGAAUGAAAGAGAUGAAAUCAUGAACUCAGCAAGAAACCAAGCUUCAGAGGACCUUAAUGAAUAUGUAAUGGGUGAGAGAGGCACCACAUAGCAGCAGUUCUUAUACAAAUCAAUAUUGACACAAUCUAAGUCUACUAGACAAGUAGGCUUGAACCCUAACCUGAAGCCAUCCACUAAUCAAACCUACUCUAAACUAUUUCCAAUGUAUGGACUCUGGAAGGAUGAUACGAUUUUUAAGACUACCAAGCAAGAAAAAGGUACACUUUCGAGAGACUCAAUUUAAGAAGAGCUGAAAAGAAUGGAUAAAAGUCAUUUCAAACAGAAAUUUUAGCAAAAGGAGUUUAUGGAGGAAAUGCUCAAAGCAAAGAAUAUGAUGGGAAAGAUGAAGAAGUGA